CCGUGCCUAUCACCUCGGAGCGUUCUUCGUCCGGGAACGCAAAUUCUCAUACUCAACGAGCUCGAAGUAGACGAUUUGGACCUCAGGUUGAUCAGGCACUCUUUUCGAGUGGCGCGGAACGAACUCCCUCAGGACUACCCAUGGCGGCUCCACCAGAUACGAGCUCCAACCAUCACGCUGAGCCUUAUAACUCCCAAAAUCAUCGCCCGAUCUCGGGCAGGGCUCCUGUCUGUCGUGCGUGGAAGGCAGGAGCGUGCUCUAAGGGGUCGCAGUGCCAAUUUCGCCAUCCGGCUUCGGAUCAUAACGGUCACGAUCAGGUCGAACGACAAAGAAACAAUCGGCAGUCACGCUUUGGAGAGCGAGAGGAGCAACAACGCGUACUACAGAACAGCCGAGCAGAACAAGAGCGCGCUCGUCAGGAGAAGCUGGCUGAAGAAGCGGAAGCUAGACGUCUCGCUCAACUUGCGCAGCAAGAGGAACAGCGUCGCAUGCUCCAGAAAAUCGAACAAGAACGCGAGCGUGCUCGCCAGCAGAGACUAGCCGAGGAAGAGAGAGCUAGAGAGGCUCGCAGAGCAGAACUCCAGGCAGAGUUCCAGGCUCGCGCGGCGGAGAUUGCCCAGCAGAACGCGGCAAAGACGAUCAAGACGGUUACACUCGGAUCCAUGGUCACUUUCGCGGCCGGACUCGAGGCUCAGCAAAUUAUCACCGGCUUCGAAUCUUGCACAGUCAAGAUCAAGAACCUCCCACUAGAUGCUCAACUGAACGAGGUCUCGGACAUAUUCACCCAACAGGGUAUCGAUCCCAUGCGUUUUCAGCUCGUUCACAUGAAGCCCAUACAAGGAAAGCAGAUCGCGGAGGUCAUCAUGGACGCCGAGACGGGAAGUGCUAUAACCGCUGGGCUGGAGGAUAUCGAGUUUCGAGACGAGCGUUUGACGUUCGAAGUUGGGCCAUGUAACGGCUUGGCCAUGGGAGCUCCUUCUCGCGACUCUAACGUAUUGACGAUCUCCUGGCGUCAGCCCUCUGCGCGUUAUAUUGCGGAAUUUGACGAUAUCCCUCACGCAGCUCGUCGAGUACAGGAGCUCAACGGACGCCACCUUCACGGGCGACGCGUGAAGGUCGAAAUGAAUACACCCCCUCCUGGACGUGCACUCCCCUACUUCCGUCCGAACUCCAUUAAGAUGUUUAACCUUCCCCUCACGGUCACGGAUGCAGAAAUCAUCGACUUCUGUGGGUCGACUCUGAUCAAAAGGUUACCGGGUCCCGCCUACGAUUCCGAGAGCGGUAUUCGUCUCCUCAGAGAGGCUCUGGAGCGACUCUACCCUUUCACCUCUUUCGAGAUCUCACCUGCAGGAUCACAGGAUACCGCAUCUGUCCGUGUCAAAUUUAGGUCUUGGGAUGAAGCCGAACAAGUUCGUCAUCAGCUAGAGGGAAAUCGACUGUCGUAUCUGGGAAACGCAACUCCAUGGCUCCGACUACCCAGUCCUAUGCUUUACACCGUCACCAUCCCAGAGGGCCAGUACCAGGCCCAGCAGACCCUCUGGACAUCCCUUCGCGAAACGAUCAAGGACCAAAAAGCCUGCGAUUUGUUGGUUCAUAGGCAUGGUCCGGUUGUCCACAUUCGCGUGGCAGGUUCUGUCAAACCGGCGGUCGGUGCGUUGAAGGUGCGAGUCGAGGCUCUGGCGGCGGGUGAGACGGUAGAUGGGUGGCACCACUCGUUAGCCCGAGAUGCCUUUGCUCGGUCUAUCCUGAACGAUUCUGGCGCGUUCUUCCGGGUCGACUGGAGGCAGAUGGCUCUGAAGGUCUAUGGAGAGUCCAGAGCUGUCGAACGUGCUCGUGCUAUCAUCACAGCAGAGCUCGAGGCCCUCGCUACGACCCAGCGAACUUUGACACUGAAGAAGCAGUCCGUUGGGUUCUUCAUUCGGCGCGGAGUCCCAGAGCUUCAGAAUGCUUUCGGAGAGGAUAGUGUGAGACUCAAUCCGGCGACUCGUCAGAUCACUAUCAGGGGCGGAGAGGAUGCGUGGCAUACGCUUGACCGCUUGAUCACCGAAUCGUUGGCAGGCCCAGACAUCCUGGCCUCCCGCUCUUCGACACAGCACACCUGCCCUGUCUGCUACGACGACGUCUCAUCCCCCGUCCAGCUCGGUUGUGGACACGUCUACUGUCUCGCAUGCGUCCGGCACCUCUUAAAGAGCGCACUCGAACCGAACCAGCAAUUUCCCCUCGUCUGCAUGGGCGACGAAGCUCGUUGCGAUGUCUCCAUUGCUAUUCCUACCAUUCAGGAUCUCCUGCCUCCCAGAUCCUUCGAUCACUUGCUCGAACUCGCUUUUUCCGCCCACGUCGCAAACCAUCCCCUCGAGUUCAAGUUUUGCAAGACUCCAGACUGCAAUCAGCUCUAUCGCGCCACGGGCCCAGAUUCUCCUACCGUUCUCAGCUGCCCAUCUUGCUUCGCCACCGUUUGCUCGUCCUGUCAUGAGGAUGGUCACGAGGGAAUGAACUGUGAGGCGUAUAAACUGGCCAAGAACCCGGAGGAGCAAGAGCGACUGAACGAGCAGUGGAUCCUCGACCAGGGUGGACGUAUCAAGAGGUGUCCUCAAUGCAGCGCGCAUAUUGAGAAGACGGAGGGGUGCAACCAUAUGCAAUGUCGCCUUUGUAAUGCACAUUGGUGCUGGAUCUGUAGAGGCCAAUUUCCGCCGCAAGAGAUUUAUCGACACAUGGAUGCUGCACACGGCGGCAUGCACGCUGUCGACAACGAAGCUGCUGCGCCUGCUCCUCAUCUAGAGGGCGUAAACUACCGCCAGCAAGAGGAACUUCUGCGCCAGGCUGAAAUUCGUCGAGUUGCAGCCCGUCAACAAAUGGGGGGGCUGGUGGAUGAGGGAGUACGUCAACGAAUCGCGGAACAGCGGGAAGAGGUGGCACGUCGUUUGCGCCAAGCGCAGGUACAAGAGCAGCUUCGCCAACGGGCCUUGGACGAGCAGCAGCGCAUAGCUCGUCUUCAGGCCAUCCGAGAGGAAGGCUUACAAGCACAACGGCGACGGGAAGAGGAGCGACGGGAAUAUGAGCGCCGGCAGAACGGGGGUUGGGGUUGCUGUAUCAUGUAA